UCUCAACUGUCAGCGCCGCGCUUAAAAGUCCUGCAGGUUUCAAGACGCACCAGAAAGCAGACGCUCAUUCAAGCAGUUUUUUUCCUUACUGUUCAUAGUCCAUCAUGGAGAAUCACGAGGAGCUUUUUUAUGAAUUUGGUGACGAUAAUAGCACUGAGUCUGGAUCAGGGCUAUUCGAUGAGUAUUUAGCGGAACCCUGUGACAGAACUCACAACACUGGUUUUCAAAAGAUCUUCCUACCGACAAUAUACGGAAUGAUCUUUGCUUUGGGAGCCGUGGGCAAUGGACUGGUGGUCACUGUGAUGGGCUACCAGAAAAAGUCAAGAACCAUGACCGACAAGUACAGGCUGCACCUUUCGGUGGCCGACCUCCUCUUCGUGCUCACGUUGCCAUUCUGGGCUGUGGACUCAGUCAGCAGCUGGUACUUUGGAAGUUUCCUCUGUGUCGCCGUACACAUGAUCUACACUGUCAACCUGUACAGCAGCGUGCUCAUUCUGGCCUUCAUCAGCUUAGAUAGAUAUUUAGCUGUGGUGCGUGCGACCAACAGCCAGGCGCCCAGAAGGCUCCUGGCAGAGAGGGUGAUCUACGUGGGCGUGUGGCUGCCUGCCGCCCUCCUCACUGUGCCAGAUCUGGUGUUCGCUAAGGCGAGGGAUGUGGGAAGCAGGACAGUCUGCGAGCGCAUCUACCCGCACGGAUCUAGCUCUAUCUGGAGAGCCAUUUUCAACUUCCAGCACAUCUUUGUGGGCUUCGUCAUCCCUGGCCUAAUCAUCCUUACGUGCUACUGCAUCAUAAUCAGCAGGCUGUCCCAGGGCUCCAAAGGCCAGCUGAAGCGCAGGGCUCUGAAGACCACAGUCAUCCUCAUCCUCUGUUUCUUCAGCUGCUGGCUGCCCUAUUGCACAGGCAUCUUCGUGGACACCCUGGCGAUGCUGAACGUCAUCCCCUACAGCUGCACCCUGGAACAGAGUCUGGUCACAUGGAUCACCAUCACAGAAGCGCUGGCCUACUUCCACUGCUGCCUCAACCCAAUUCUCUACGCUUUCCUAGGAGUAAAGUUCAAGAAGUCGGCCCGGAGCACAUUCACCACCAGUCAAAGCUCCGGCAAGAAAAUGCUGGCCAAAAAGAGAGCUGGGCUUUCAUCCAUCUCCACGGAAUCAGAGUCUUCCAGCUUUCACUCCAGCUAACAGACAAUUGCUAUCUCUAUUCCUUUCUAAGGACUUUAUUAUGCUUUAUUAUGAAAAAAAGAGUGAUUGUACACCUAACUGUAAAUAGUUUGUAUAUAUUUAUGUGUUUGCUUUUAUAAAGAAUUUUCUAUCCUCAGAUUUGUUAAUUUAAGUUUUCUAUCCUUUUAAGUGUUUUCAAGUAAUGUUGGAUUCAUCAGGCUGUGCCUGCAGGCCACUGAUUGGCAGCCUCUGAUUUAGAAGUGAGUUUUUAAAGGUUGAGCCUUCAAUAAAGUUUGCCAGGAUCUCUAACAACAAAAUGAGAUAGUGUUGUACAAGUAUAGAGCAAGAGUGCAAAAUAUCAAAGCAGUUCAAACUGACCAAUUUUUAGCACUUAAACCUAAUUGUGUACAGAGGAGCUGCCAUAUGUUACACAGUGUUUGUUUUGUGGAAGGCUUUUCUGCAGGCUUUAAAAAUUGCUGCGUCCACUGCUAACCUGUUGAUAAUAAAAUCUGAAAACGAUC